AUGUGUGACGGCGCCCUGCUGCCCCCCCUGGCCCUGCCCCUGCUGCUGCUGCUGCUCUGGGGACUGGACCCGGGCACAGCUGUCGGCGACGCGGCGGCCGACGUGGAGGUGGUGCUCCCGCGGCGGGUGCGCCUGGAAGACGUGCACCUGCCGCCCCUGCCCGGAGCCCCCGGGCCCCGCAGGCGCCGGCGGCCCCGCGCGCCCCCCGCAGCCCCGCGCGCCCGGCUCGGGGAGCGCGCCCUGCUGCUGCACCUGCCGGCCUUCGGGCGCGACCUGUACCUGCAGAUGCGCCGCGACCUGCGCUUCCUGUCCGGCGGCUUCGAGGUGGAGGAGGCUGGCGCAGGCGGGCGCCGCGGACGGUCAGCCGAGCUGUGCUUCUACUCCGGCAGCGUGCUCGGCCACCCCGGCUCCAUCGUCUCGCUCAGCGCCUGCGGCGCCGCCGGCGGCCUGGUUGGCCUCAUCCAGCUUGGGCAGGAGCAGGUGCUCAUCCAGCCCCUCAACAGUUCCCAGGGACAAGAGCAUCUGGUCAGCCGCAAGUGGUCCUUGACACCCAGCCCCUCUCCCAAGGCCCAGAUGCCCGGGCAGCUCUGCCAGGUCCUCACAGAAAAGAAGCCGAGGAGGGGCCGGCCGACGCGGGACGGGCGGCGGCGGAGGAAUGCCAUCCGGCUUACCAGCGAACACACGGUGGAGACCCUAGUGGUGGCCGACGCCGACAUGGUGCAGUACCACGGGGCCGAGGCCGCCCAGAGGUUUAUCCUUACCGUCAUGAACAUGGUAUACAAUAUGUUUCAGCACCAGAGCCUUGGAAUUAAAGUCAACAUUCAGGUUACCAAGCUUGUCCUGCUACGACAACGUCCUGCCAAAUUGUCCAUUGGGCAUCAUGGUGAGCGGUCCCUGGAGAGCUUCUGUCACUGGCAGAAUGAAGAGUAUGGAGGUGCACGGUACCUCGGCAACAACCAGGUUCCAGGAGGCAAGGACGACACGCCCCCCGUGGAUGCUGCUGUAUUUGUGACCAGGACAGAUUUCUGCGUACACAAAGAUGAACCUUGUGACACCGUUGGAAUUGCUUACUUAGGAGGUGUGUGCAGUGCUAAGAGGAAAUGUGUGCUUGCCGAAGACAAUGGCCUCAAUUUGGCCUUUACCAUCGCUCAUGAGCUGGGCCACAACUUGGGGAUGAACCACGACGAUGACCACUCCUCCUGCGCUGGCAGGUCCCACAUCAUGUCGGGAGAGUGGGUGAAAGGCCGGAGCCCCAGCGACCUCUCCUGGUCCUCCUGCAGUCGAGAUGACCUCGAGAACUUCCUCAAGUCGAAAAUCAGCACCUGUUUACUGGUCACAGACCCCAGGAGCCAGCACGCAGUGCGCCUGCCCCACAAGCUGCCAGGCAUGCACUACAGUGCCAACGAGCAGUGCCAGAUCCUCUUUGGCACCAAUGCCACCUUCUGCAGAAACAUGGAGCAUCUGAUGUGCGCUGGACUGUGGUGCCUGGUGGAAGGAGAUACGUCCUGCAAGACCAAACUGGACCCUCCCCUGGAUGGCACAGAGUGUGGGGCAGACAAGUGGUGCCGCGCGGGGGAGUGCGUGAGCAAGACACCCAUCCCGGAGCAUGUGGACGGAGACUGGAGCCCCUGGGGCACCUGGAGCAUGUGCAGCCGCACGUGUGGGACUGGAGCCCGCUUCCGGCAGAGGAAAUGUGACAACCCUCCCCCAGGACCAGGAGGCACGCACUGCCUGGGCGCCAGCGUGGAGCACACAGUCUGCGAGAACCUGCCCUGUCCCAAGGGCCUGCCCAGCUUCCGUGACCAGCAGUGCCAGACGCACGACCGGCUGAGCAGCAAGAAGAAGGGCCUGCUCACCGCAGUGGUGGUUGACGAUAAGCCAUGUGAACUCUACUGCUCACCCCUCGGGAAGGAGUCCCCACUGCUGGUGGCCGAUAGAGUCCUGGACGGCACGCCCUGCGGGCCCUACGAGACGGAUCUCUGCGUGCAUGGCAGGUGCCAGAAAAUCGGCUGUGAUGGCAUCAUCGGGUCUGCGGCCAAAGAAGACCGGUGUGGGGUCUGCAGCGGGGACGGCAAGACCUGCCGCGUGGUCAAGGGCGACUUCAGCCACACUCGGGGCACAGUCAGGAGUAGUCUUUGUACCAAAGUGUCCACAUGUGUGAUGGCAAAGGCCGUUCCCAGGUGUUUCUCAUGUUAUAUUGAAGCUGCCAUCAUUCCAGCUGGAGCUCGAAGGAUUCGUGUGGUGGAGGAUAAACCUGCCCACAGUUUUCUGGCUCUCAAGGACUCCAGUAAGAGAUCCAUCAACAGUGACUGGAAGAUAGAGCUCCCCGGAGAGUUCCAGAUUGCAGGCACAACCGUCCGCUAUGUUCGAAGGGGCCUGUGGGAGAAAAUUUCUGCCAAGGGACCAACCAAAAUGCCGCUGCAUCUGAUGGUGUUGUUAUUUCAUGACCAAAAUUAUGGAAUUCAUUAUGAAUACACCAUUCCUGUAAACUACACCACUGAAAACCAAAGCGAACCAGAAAAACCCCAGGACUCCUUGUUCAUCUGGACCCACAGCGGCUGGGAAGGGUGCAGUGUGCAGUGUGGUGGAGGGGAACGCAGAAGCAUCGUGUCCUGCACACGGAUUGUUAACAAGACCACAACUCUAGUGAACGACAGUGACUGCCCUCAAGCCAGCCGCCCGGAGCCCCAGGUUCGAAGGUGCAACUUGCACCCAUGCCAGUCACGGUGGGUGGCAGGCCCGUGGAGCCCCUGCUCGGCGACCUGCGAGAAGGGCAUCCAGCACCGGGAAGUGACCUGUGUGUACCAGCUGCAGAAUGGCACACACGUUGCCACCCGCCCCCUCUACUGCCCGGUGCCCCGGCCGUCGCCAGUGCAGAGCUGCGAGGGCCAGGACUGCCUGUCCAUCUGGGAGGCGUCAGAGUGGUCACAGUGUUCUGCCAGUUGUGGUAAAGGGACCCAGAAACGGACGGUGACUUGCACCAACUCCCAAGGAAAAUGCGAUGCGUCCACCAGGCCGAGAGCCGAGGAGCCCUGUGAGGACUACUCCGGCUGCUAUGAGUGGAAAACCGGGAGCUGGUCCAAGUGCUCGUCGACCUGUGGGAAGGGCCUGCAGUCCCGCGUGGUGCAGUGCAUGCACAAGGUCACCGGGCGCCAUGGCAACGAGUGCCCUGCCCUCGCCAAGCCAGCCGCCUACAAACAGUGCCACCAGGAAGUCUGCAAUGACAAGAUCAACGUGAACACCAUCACCUCCCCUCGCCUCGCGGCUCUGACCUACAAGUGCACACGGGACCAAUGGACAGUGUACUGCAGGGUCAUCCGAGAGAAGAACCUCUGCCAGGACAUGCGGUGGUACCAGCGCUGCUGCCAGACGUGCAGGGACUUCUAUGCGAACAAGAUGCGCCAGCCGCCCCCGCCGCCGAGCUCCUGA